AUGGAAGGCAAAGCGGGUGCUCUGUUAUGUAUUUGGUUGGGCUUGCAAGCAGUAUUAACGCGUUCGGACAGAAUAUUAGUGUUGCUGGAGAAUCAGUUUAUUAAGGAAACGCAUUCGAUCUUUCUCAAUCAUUUAAUCGAACAGGGUCACAAUUUGACGAUUCGACUGGCAGAUGAUCCAGCUCUUUGGUUGUUUAAAUAUGGAGAAUCUCCAUACCAGCAUCUUGUGCUCCUGGCGCCUUCAGUGGAAGAGUUCGGUGGUACCAUCACUGUACAACAGAUUACAAAGUUCAUCGACGAGGGUGGAAAUGUACUCGUCACUGCUAGCACGGAAAUUGGUGAUGCCAUCGCAAGCCUAGCGAACGAGUGUGGAUUCGAAUUCGACGAUACAAAGACGGCUGUCAUCGACCACUUCAAUUAUGAUUUGAACAAAGACGACGGUAGUCAUACGACAAUUGUUGCCCAACCCUCUGAUCUGAUCAAUGCCGAAACCAUUUAUCCGCAUGCCGUUGGAAAGUCGAUCCUGCUCAUCGGUGCAAUGCAAGCGAGAAAUAACGCGAGGGUGAUGUUUACGGGUUCGAUAGACAUGUUUUCAAACGAAUUCUUUGUGUCCUUUGUGCUGAAGUUUGGAACAACUAAAAUGCAUGAAAUAUCUGGCAAUGAGCAGCUCGCUGUUGCCCUUUCUCGUUGGGUUUUUAAAAAAACGGGCGUACUUCGAGUCGUAUCGCUUGAUCAUCAUCGCGUUGGCGAAAAGAAACCCCCACAGGCAUACACUAUUACCGACAAUGUGGAAUAUUCGAUUGUAAUUGAACAGCUUGAAAACGAUAAAUGGGUUCCGUUAACGAAGAAUGAUGUUCAGCUGGAAUUUGUAAGAAUCGACCCGUUCAUUCGUACAUCAUUAGUACCGAAAAAUGGAAAAUAUUCCGUGCAGUUUAAGAUCCCAGACGUGUACGGCGUAUUUAAGUUCUUGGUCGAUUACCAGCGUAUCGGUUGGACGCAUCUGUAUAGUGUCACACAGGUGUCGGUUCGUCCGUUCGAACAUACUCAGUUCCACAGAUUCAUACCGGCGGCGUUUCCUUACUAUGUCUCCGCGUUUUCUAUGAUGUUCAGCGUAUUUCUUUUGUCGUUCGUGAUUUUGUAUCACAAGGACCCGAAGGAAAAGUCUACCUAA